UGUUGCUGAUAGUAACAGUCUUGUAUUUGUCAUUCACGCAGCACCAGACUGAGAUUUCUCUCCCUGUCUCUUGAGGCAAAGAUGAACGCCUUAAUGGACACCAUGUCGGGUUUUGGGGUGAGCACCACCCACUACCUGCAGACAAACUAUAAGGAUGCCCAGGGUUUGUUUCUCUGGGUCUCCUGGGCGGCAGACCUGAGGAACACCUUCUUCAUCUUCUUCCCUCUUUGGUUCCACCUGCGUUCACCAGUGGCUAUCAAGCUCAUAUGGGUGGCUGUGAUCGGAGACUGGCUUAAUUUGGUGUUCAAAUGGAUUCUGUUUGGUGAAAGGCCUUACUGGUGGGUCCAUGAGGCGGCUUAUUAUGCAAACACAGUUCGUCCUCACAUCGAGCAGUACCCUAUGACCUGCGAGACCGGGCCAGGCAGCCCUUCAGGCCACGCUAUGGGAGCUGCAGGAGUCUACUACACCCUUGUGACCUCCAUCCUCGCCAUAAUGACCACCAAGAAGAAAUUUGGAUUCAAGAAAACCACCAACAAAGAUUGGUAUCUGAAGGUUGCUUUGUGGACAGUGUUUUGGGGCGUCCAGGUGUGUGUCUGCCUCUCAAGGGUCUUCAUCGCCGCCCACUUCCCACACCAGGUCGUAGCUGGUGUAAUCACAGGUAUUAUCGUGGCUGAAGCCUUCAACAGAACUCAGUUGAUCUACAGCGCCAGCAUGAAGAAAUACUUCUACACGACUCUCUUCUUGACUUCCUUCGCUGUUGGUUUCUACCUGCUGCUUAAAGCUGUGGGAGUGGACCUGCUCUGGACCCUUGAGAAGGCUCAGAAGUGGUGUGUGAAGCCUGAGUGGGUCCACAUGGAUUCUACACCCUUCGCCAGCCUGCUGCGUAACAUGGGCACGCUUUUCGGCCUGGGCCUGGGCCUGCACUCACCCCUCUACACCGAGACCAAGAAAAGCAGCAGCUCGGUGGUCAAAGUACUGAGCGUCAUCAGCACUCUGUUCCUACUGCACCUGUUUGACUCCUUUAAGCCUCCCACACACACCGCAGCUCUGUUCUACCUUCUGUCCUUCUGCAAGAGUGCCACCGUGCCUCUGGUCACAGUGAGCAUCAUUCCGUACUGCGUGAAGGGAGCUCUGAGCCUGCAGAACAAAAAGGGAGUUUGAGAAAAGAACUCAGAUUGGACACAUUAAUAUGUGGAGCCUAUUCCGGAUUGAAAAAAAAGUUCCUCAGGUGCUUGUGACUUUAAAUGUCCAACUGCUUCUCAGGGAAGUGCCAAUGAGAUCAAUGUGAAUUUGUCCCUGGUGUGAUUUGGACACUCUUUGUGACUAUGUGAAAGCACUAUCCAGGAUGCUGAGUGGCACUUACGAAGACCAAUUAUGAGUUUAGCAAAAUAUGAUAAUUCAAUUUGUUGAGUCCUGGAAAAAACAUAACAAUGAACACACAAGCUGCAGUUGUUAUGUUUAACCUCAUCUUGGAGACAAUGGCCGUCACUUACCACUUUCAUAUGGUAUUUCAACUGUAUUAGUAAUGUAUUUUAAAUGUUAUAGAAAGUAUUUUUGAAACUGUUUUAAAUAUUUUUAAUAAAAAAUAUAUUGAAAAUGUAUUAAAUCACGUGGCUUAUAUUUGACUUUA